AAACACAAAGACUCUGCGUCAGAAGCUGAUAGACAAAGAGCUGAAGACAUGGCAUGAACGUUUAAUGGAAAACAAGGAGACUUGAUCGAGAUCUUCCGUGGGUCCUAUCAGCACUGGGCCGUCUACAUCGGAGGACAAAUGGUGGUUCAUUUAGUUCCAGAUGGUGGUCAGUCAUCUGUUUCGUCUGCAAAUCCGAGCAGCAGCAAUGGAAAGGUGAAGCGUGAGAAGCUCACUGAUGUGGUCGGCAAUGACCGUUACCAGGUCAGCAAUCUGCUGGAUGACAUGUACGAGGCUCGUGAUCCUUCCAUCAUAGUGAAGAAGGCUCGUGAGAUGGUGGGCCAGGUGCUAUCGUACAACGUUGUCACUUACAACUGUGAGCACUUUGCUAUCGAGAUGCGAUACGGCGUGGCAGAGUCUCGUCAGUUUAAAGGAAUACCAGGAGACCUGAUGGAGAUCAACCGUGGGACCUAUCAGCACUGGGCCGUCUACAUCGGACAGAAUGAAGUGGUUCAUUUAGUUCCAGACGGUGGUCAGUCAUCUGGGUCGUUGGAGAGUCUGAGCAGCAGCGAUGGAAAGGUGAAGUGUGAGAAGCUCACCGAUGUGGUCGGCAAUGACCGUUACCAGGUCAACAAUCUGCUGGAUGACAUGUACGAGGCUCGUGAUCCUUCCAUCAUAGUGAGGAAGGCCCGUAAGAUGGUGGGCCAGGUGCUACAGUACAACACUGACACUUACAACAGUGAGCACUUUGCUAUCGAGAUGCGAUACGGCGUGGCAGAGUCUCGUCAGUUUAAAGGAAUACCAGGAGACCUGAUCGAGAUCUUCCGUGGGUCCUCUGAGCACUGGGCCGUCUACAUCGGAGAGAAUGAAGUGGUUCAUUUAGUUCCAGACGGUGGUGACUCAUCUGGGUCGUUGGAGAGUCUGAGCAGCAGCGAUGGAAAGGUGAAGUGUGAGAAGCUCACUGACGUGGUCGGCAAUGACUGUUACCAGGUCAACAAUCUGCUGGAUGACCUGUAUGAUGCUCGUAAGCCCUACGUCAUAGCGAAGGAGGCCCGUGCGAUGGUGGGCCAGGUGCUACCGUACAAAGUUGUCACUAACAACAGUGAGCACUUUCUUACCGACCUGCGAUACGGCGUGGCAGAGUCUCGUCAGUUUAAAGGAAAACCAGGAGACCUGAUUGAGAUCUUCCGUGGGAUCUAUAAGCACUGGGCCGUCUACAUUGGAGAGGAUGAAGUGGUUCAUUUCGUUAGAGACGGAUCUGUAUUGCGUCAGAAGCUCACCGAUGUGGUCGGCAAUGACCGUUACAAGGUCAACAAUCUGCUGGAUAAAAAGUACAAAGCUCGUGAUCCUUCCGUCAUAGUGAAGGAGGCCCGUGCGAUGGUCGGCCGCCAGCUACAGUACGCCCUUGUCAAUAACAACUGUGAGCACUUUGCUACCGAGAUGCGAUACGGCAAGGCAAAGUCUCGUCAGGUUAAAAAAACUUUGAUUGCAGGCUCCGCAGGCAUCAUGGGCAUCCUGGGAGCCUCAGCCUCCACAGUCGUCACAGUCACAAAAAUCGUAGCCAAGUAGGUGGGGCAUUUGCUUUUUGUAGAUCUCUGUUAAGCAGUCGUUCCAGAUGUUAAGAUGAAGAGGAAGACAACAAGAACAAAACAAGAGCAAAUCCCAAACACUGGCAACAAUGAAUGUUGGCAUGUAGCUGACAGUGAUUAUUAUUUUAACUAUUUGAAUAAACGAUUUCACUUGUUGAAUCUGGAGAGAAAAAGGUUUCAACACAGUUAAAAGACUUGACCUUGAAUCAGAAAAGACAAUAAGGCAUUAAAUCAUCUGGAUGAUUGAACUAAAGACACAUCUCUGCAGACUUCACCUUGGAUAAAAGAUAAAAAAUACAUACUUCUAUAUCUGUUUAGUAUCACCUCUAUAUAUCUAGUAGCACUUAUAUAACACUUACAUAUAACACUUUGUAGUUUGGCCUUUUUGAAGCAAAUUGUACUUGAUUCUUGUUGUUCUGGGUUUGUUCUCUCAUGGUUGAUGCACUUAUUGUGACUUUGGAUAAAAUCAUCAGCUAAUUGAAAUGUAAUGUGAUGUUUCUUUGUCUUUCAUGUAGUUCUUCAUUUUUUAAACGGAUCAAAUAAUCAUUUGAACACAAUUUAUUUGCAAUAAAAUAAUUUAAAAUACA